AUGGAUCUACUUCCGCUCAACUUGACGCAUUUGUAUCAAUUAGAAAUAAAUAUUAAUCGGAAUGUUCAAAAACAAAUGCGUUUCACCGAACAAUGGUUACGAGAUAUAAACACAUAUUUGGAUCCCCAAAUGGUUAUGGACGCCUGGCUGCCACUAUUCGGAGCAUUUAGCCACAAAUUGUUAGUACGUUUGGCAGUAUCUACUAGCAUACUUAACGUAAUUACUUCACUGUUCAAAUGGACUUUUCCAGAAUACAGACCCAUUUGGUGGUUACGGGAAUAUGAGAGUAAAUACAAAUAUAGAGGAUUUAAUUAUGAGUCAAAUACCUGUGACACAAGUGCCGGCUUUCCCUCAAGCCAUGCCGUAACAUUUACCGCCUUUGCUUUUAUUGUCUUCCAUUGGUUGUUGGUGAAACUGGGCAAAUGUUGCAACAUGAGCAAUUUUGAAAAGUAUAUUUUGGUAUAUGGCUUGGUUUCAUUGCCAUUGGGUUUAUUAUGGGCCGGACGUUUAUAUUUUCUUACCGAAUUCCUACAUCAAUGCAUUGGUGGUAGCUUAUUCGCUUUGUUCGGUGUACAUUUAUUUAAUCGCUACUCAUCACAAUUGCUGAAGAUGACAAAAUUGAGUACUGUUUUAUGGGUGUUAGUUUUUGGUAUGCUGCCGGUGGGAGUAUAUUUUGCUAUGCUAUACCUUGUUGAUGUGGAUCCACAUUGGUCGGUCAGGAUGGCCUUCAAGUGGUGUUCAGAGGUCACAUUAAUGCGUCAUGAAGCUGGUCCAAUUUAUGUGCUAUUUCGUGAUUUUGGAUACUUAUUGGGUGUUGCAUUAUCUUGCCCUUUGCUACAAAAGUACAACCGAAUAUAAAUUCUAUACAAACGUUUGCCAGCCACAGCUAUAUUGAUGUUUUUAAAUUUAACAGCUCUUCGAAAUACACCAAAACAUAUGGGCCGAUGGGUAUUUCUUGUUUAUGAAUUAAUUCGCAACUGUAUUCAUUCAUAUACAUUGUUAACUAUUUUUCCUAAAAUUUCCAAGUAAAAUUAAUG